GAACUGAAGUAUUAAUGCGAUACACGGCUUGGUGGAUCUCUACCAAGAGCAAUCCAAUCUUCCUCAGCCCAGAUUUUAAAUACCCUUAUUAAUACGUUUGGUAUGAUACUUUUAGAUUAAAGGUUAAUACAAAUACUAUUUCUAAAGGGAAAAAUGAACAAUGAUUUUUCACCUAAAACUACAACCGCGUUCUUUGAGGCAAUAAAAAAUGAAGAACAUAAUCGUCGUCGACGCGUGCCGAACGAACGAAGACGUCGCAUUGGUGUAGCUUGUUUAAACUGUAAAACGAAAAAAAUCCGCUGUGAAGGCGGAAACCCUUGCAAAGCAUGUGCUUUAAACGGUUUACAAUGCGUAUAUCCAAUGCGAGAAGAACGAGGUGCCGAAAUGAAACGAGAAUACUUUACGAACCUUUCAAAGAGAUAUCAGUGUCUUGAAUACAUGAUGGAGCGUCUUUGUGGUGUAAAGAUCUCUCAGUAUUCAACUGAUUCAUUGGUGAACGUGUCCACGUCGCUUAGCAAACAGCUGGAUCCAGUUCUUCCAAGCGACAUUUUCUCGUAUAUCACUGCAUCCUCUCCUUUCCCCAGCAAUCAUGAUUUUCUACAUACCCCCGCUGCUAUUCCGAACACAGAUAACCUACGAAGCAACACAGAACCAAUGUUAACUCCAGAAAUUCGUCAGUGGAAUGAUGACAAAGAGCGCCAUUACGAGGAAGAGUACGACAAUGCUGGGUCGAAUGCUGACUCCAAUGAUCAGAACGUGGACGAGAUUAUGAGACUUAUUGGGAAAAUUAAAGUUGAAAACGGAGAAUCUCGAUAUAUAGGUGCUUCAGCGGGUGAAGCUUUUGUUGACUCAGUACAAAGCGAAAUUCUUGCCGACCCUUCUUUUUCUGACUUGAAUACUUAUUCAUAUUCGCACCCUGUCUAUUCCCCUAAUGAGCAUGAUGUGAGCGCUAUUAAUCAAGGCCUAAGCCUUUUACCUCCCCCCGAAGUCGCUGAUUUCCUAAUAAAGGCAUUUUAUAGACACGUCCAAGCAAAUUUCUUUUUCUAUCAUGAGACACUUUUACGCUACAGACUGAAUAUUAUUAUGAAUUAUCAAAAUCCCUCAGUUGAUCCUGGCUUUCUUAGUUUAGUUAUGAUGAUUUUUGCACUGGGAAGUCAAUUUGCUCAUCUCGAAGUCCAAUCUGCAAGUACUUUACUUGACAAUCCUGGGAAACAAUUCUUUGAUACUGCUCGCCUUUUACUGCCGCAAGUCAUACAGCAAUGUAAACCUAGCCUCGUUCAGGUUUCCUUAUUAAUAGGCUUAUAUCUACAAUCUACACUUGCUCAAAAGAGCUCCUAUACUUACUUCGGUCUUGCUCUUACAGCAGCUGUUGCCAAUGGUCUUCAUCGAAGUUGCGAAAACCCCGAUAUUGAUCCUAAAACAAAAGAACUCCGCAACCGUUUAUGGUGGUCUGUUUAUACAAUGGACCGUUUGGUUAGCAUUGCUACGGGACGUCCUUUGUCAAUUGCGGAUAGUGAAUGCGAUGCCGCUUUACCAACUGUAGUUCCAGAACUCGAAAUUGAAGGUUCAGCCUCCAAUGUUCACAACAUCAUAUCCAUGUCAAAGAUUGCUCAAAUUAUGGGUAAGACCAUGGAAGAAUUAUACGGAACUGUAAACUAUAAGAAAAACCCAAUAACUAUUAUAGAAUCCUUACGAGCUGAUCUGAACGACUGGAAGCAAUCCUUACCUCCUUUUCAAAUUCUCGAAAACCUAGAUCCAAACGAUCCCUUAUUCCGCGCUAACGUUCAUCUUCACAUGACAUACGACCAAGCUAUAAUAAUCAUGUCCCGUCCUGUCUUGCUACAUAAAAUGAAAAAUGCCAAGAACUCACCAAGAGUAAAUCGUAUCAAUGAGGAUUGCAUUCUGGCAGCUAGGCAUCUAAUCUCUCUAGUACAUUUGCUACAACAGCACUCCCAGCUAUCUUGUUAUUCCUUCUUUGACUACAAUUAUACAUUUUCGAGUGCUCUCGUGGUUUUAUUGCAUUGUGUAACAGAGCCUUCCCAGGAAGAUGACAUAGCUAUGGAAUACGCAUAUGCAGCUCUUGAUUACAUGGCAGAGGGUAAUGAACCAGCAAAGAAUUGUGCUAGAAUUAUACGCUUGUUUGACACUCAUUUGAAGGGUAUACGUUCAGCUGGGAAUAAUUCUAGUCAAUCAGGAUUUAUGGCUUGGCAACGUUGGAUAGCCGAAGUCGCUUCAAAAAAUAAUAAAUCUAAUCCGGCCAAUUUCGUUAGUAGUUAUACACCUAGUGUAUCAACCAAACAGUCAAGUGCACCUUUAACCCCUGGAUCAACAACUCCUAUGAAUGCUGACAUGAGUUGGUUUUCUCUUCCUGAUGACAAUUCUUUUUCAAUGGAUGCAAAUGAUUUGGACGAAUAUAUUAAAAAGGUUGGCGCGGCAUGGGAUACUAACAAAACUACACCCGAUCUUGCCAAUGAUUCAUCAUUAUUGAGCUGGGCCAAUGCCGAUCAAGGAAUGGAUCUUGAGGGUAGCUGGUUGGGAAAUAUGCAUCCUUCAUGGUUAGAUUAUGUUUGUCCUUGAUUCCCGUUCUUUUUACUUUGGUAGUGAUAUGUUUUGAUUAAUGUUUUGUAUAUUGUAAUAUCUAUCUUCUUUCAUUUUAUGAUGAAUUGGUUUUUAAACUA